CCAACCAACCCAAGUGGCUAUCUCACAAACUUGGCAGGUCCCACUCUGUGCUUCCAUGGAGAAGGGCGGCCAGUGUGAUUUUGGGCAAAGUGUGGUGACUUGUGGAUUUUCACUGUGACUAUGUUGCUACAUGGUCCUUCACUUGGAGUUAGUGCAACAAGGAGACAUCUGAGCCUAAAAUUUAUGAAACAUCUAAAGGAAUCAAGCUUUAUAUAGGAUCACUGUUGGGGGUUGAAUUGUGUCUCCCCAAAAGAUAUCGAAGCCCUAACUACCUCCCUAUACCUUACAAUAGGGCCUUUAUUGGAAGCAGGGUCCUUGAAGAAGAUCAAGUUAAGAUGAGAUUAUUUGGUUGGGCCUUAAUUCAAUAUAUCUGGUGUCAUUAUAAAAGGGGACAAUUUGGACACAGGGACAAAGGGAGAAUGCCACAUAAAGACUGGAGUUAUGAUGCCGUAAACCAAGGAACUCCAAAGAUUGCUGGCAAGCCACUAAAAGCCAGGAGAGAUUCACAGAACGGUCUCCCUCUUAGUCUACCAAAGGAGUCAACCCUGCUGACAUCUUGACUUUUUCACAGUUCUAGCCUCCAGAACUCUUUAAAAAAUUGAAGGCUAUUGGAACCUUCUUAUAAGAAACCUUCCUAGUCGGAGAGUUCAAUAUUUUUCUUUUCUUCAUUCAUGAAAAUAUAGAUCCACUGAGAAAGAGAACAAGGCUUCUCUGCAGAAUGUCAAACAAAGAUCGACACAUUGAUUCUAGCUGUUCGUCCUUCAUCAAGACGGAACCUUCCAGCCCGGCCUCCCUGACGGACAGCGUCAACCACCACAGCCCUGGUGGCUCAUCAGACGCCAGUGGGAGCUACAGUUCAACCAUGAAUGGCCAUCAGAACGGACUUGACUCGCCACCUCUCUACCCUUCUGCUCCUAUCCUGGGAGGUAGUGGGCCUGUCAGGAAACUGUAUGAUGACUGCUCCAGCACCAUUGUGGAAGAUCCCCAGACCAAGUGUGAAUACAUGCUCAACUCGAUGCCCAAGAGACUGUGUUUAGUGUGUGGUGACAUCGCUUCUGGGUACCACUAUGGGGUAGCUUCAUGUGAAGCCUGCAAGGCAUUCUUCAAGAGGACAAUUCAAGGGGUGCGUCUUGACAGAGUACGUGGAGGUCGGCAGAAGUACAAGCGCAGAAUAGAUGCGGAGAACAGCCCAUACCUGAACCCUCAGCUGGUUCAGCCAGCCAAAAAGCCAUAUAACAAGAUUGUCUCACAUUUGUUGGUGGCUGAACCGGAGAAGAUCUAUGCCAUGCCUGACCCGACUGUCCCCGACAGUGACAUUAAAGCCCUCACUACACUGUGUGACUUGGCGGACCGCGAGUUGGUGGUUAUCAUUGGAUGGGCAAAGCAUAUUCCAGGCUUCUCCACGCUGUCCCUGGCGGACCAGAUGAGCCUUCUGCAGAGUGCUUGGAUGGAAAUUUUGAUCCUUGGUGUCGUAUACCGAUCUCUUUCCUUUGAGGAUGAACUUGUCUAUGCAGACGAUUAUAUAAUGGACGAAGACCAGUCCAAAUUAGCAGGCCUUCUUGAUCUAAAUAAUGCUAUCCUGCAGCUGGUAAAGAAAUACAAGAGCAUGAAGCUGGAGAAAGAAGAAUUUGUCACCCUCAAAGCUAUAGCUCUUGCUAAUUCAGGUUGGCAUAUCGACAUGGUCAUUGUUAUAUUUUAUUAUAUGUCAGUUUUAUCCCUCUCCUUACCUUCUUUAGGGAUUUGCUAGACCUAGUCUGUAAAUUUUGUAUGAGUCAGCAAAAUUAUAAAAAUUAUAACCAGUAUCACUUUCUAGUGGGAAGUUAGAAAUAGGAAAAAUAUACUUGAAUUAGUUUCAUUUGACUUGCUUAUUGAAUGCUUUGAAACUUUUAUCAACUAAUGCAUCUACUAAUUUGAAUCAUAGCAAAGCAAAAGCUUCUGUAGGAAUAGCAUAAGUGGACACUCCCGGGACAAAAUUAGCUCCAUUGUCUUUUACACCUAAGUUAAAACAAGGGAAUUGAUACACACAAACCAUUUUUCCCUCAAAAACGCAAAUUAUGCAAUUGGGAAAAUAUAUUUCAUGUUGCUUUGAGUUUGGGUUAUCAAAGAUUACUAUUUUCUUACAUUCCAGAGUUCUUUAGAAGUCGAAGUCAAAUUCUGCCUAUGCAGUAAGGGUUAAGAAUUACGGGAAAAACUGUUCCGUACAUUUGAACUGAAAGGUGCUAAAAUAGAGAGCAACCUCUGAUAAGUAAAAAUCGUUGGUGCUUUGUUGUUUUUCCCUUUGUGCCUCUCUUAAUGCUUUAUUAUGGUCUUAAGUCUCUUUUAGCAUUUGCAUAAAGUUCAGGAUAGAUCCCUCCUUAAUGAUGUGCCGAUCAUUAGAUACCUGUGUGUCAAUAACAUGCUCUGAUGCUAGGUACCAUUGACAGUCACACCGUGCCCCUCCAUCUGCUUUUGUUUUGACCCUAUCUUUGAACUUUAUCUUGGUUGCCGGCCAGUAGUUUUCCCUUUAAUUACAAGAAGGAAACUGUCAAUAAAAUCUGUUAAAUGGGAUGCAAUGAGUGGCUUGAAUGGGCGGACGGCUAUUUGUUCAAAUUCUGCAGCAUUCAAGGUAUUGACAGUUUGUUUUCUGGGGCCAUAUGUGACGAUCAAUCUCAGGCUGGGCUCAGCCGCGCUGAAAAAUGAAAAACCAGAUUGCUUUUGCUUACUUGUGGAUGACGACUUUGUGAUUUGGCGCGGUCCUAGUGAGAUGAGACCUUCUGCCCAAAUUGCCCCCAUGAGAGCCAGGGACGCGUGACUGUUUUUAGAAAUAAUUUUUAAUUGAUUUUGUAAUUAACAGUUCAUCUACAAUAUUGAUGCACGAAUCCUUGGACUGAUAGGAGAGAAAUUGUUUUCAACAAUGAAGUUGUACUUUCCUAUUUGUCUUCAUAAUAGAGUUUAGCAUUUCACAGUUCUAAUUGUGAAUAUAACCCUCUUCCUCAUACCAUGCACCCCUCUUCUCCUACUCUCCCGUGAAAUUAUAAAAUAUGAUUCCCUAUGACAAAUGACAUUGUUAUUAUAAACCCUGAAGAAACCCCUGCCCUCCCUCU